AAGACAGUGUUUGGAGUUGCUGAAAUUAAGAAAUCUGCUUGGAUAAGUAAAGUGGCUGAUAUUAUUUGAUCUUAUACGAGACAGGUGUUACCGGAAAAAGGGAACGAAAUGUAUUAUGUAUUUCCAUCAUGAAGACUCAGCCAAUGAAUCGCACUUAAUCAGCUUAUCCUUCUGUCCUUCACAAUGACUCGAUCUUGUGAAAGUGACAGAAAACAUCUCCUAAAAGUCAGAGAUGUACACAAAGGACAAAAUGAUAAAUUGAUAUCAGAUGAACAUGUUCUAAAAUUCUUUACAAAUUUUCUGUCUAAAUUGGAGAUUGACCCAAUUGAAGAGGAAGCAAUCUAUAAUGAGAAUCUAAACAAGAUGAGAGCUCAUUUAGGUUUUGUUACAGAAAGGAAACCAAGUGUUUUACCAACUGGAGGAAUUGGUGUUUUUGUUACACAUGGCAGUAUAGAACCGGGAACUGUAGUAUCAAUGUAUCCUGGUCUGAUUUAUUCUCCUCAUGAACCAAUCCUAUUCCAGAGCCUCUUAAAUCCUUUCAUAUUUAGAUGUAUUGAUGGCAUGUUAAUUGAUGGAAAUGAUAAGAAUUUAUCGAAAUUUAUGUAUAGAUCUUGUUGUCAGAGAGACAGAAUUGGGCCAUAUUUUAUCAGUGAUAUGUCUUGGCUUACUCCUUUUCCAGUCAACCCUUUAUCAGUUGGACAGUAUGUGAACAAUCAGUCAACAGAAUAUCAAGCAAAUGUUGCCUAUCAGGAAAUUGACAUUCCAGUUGACUUCCCAUUCCAUCUACGUAAAUUUAUUCCAAAUAAUUUCUACAGUUCAUCUUUUGAAAAUGAGGAAAUCAGACAGACAAGAGUUAUAGUACUUGUAUCACUUAGACAUAUUGAAGAAGGAGAAGAACUAUUUUCAUCUUACUUCACAGUUGUUCAUUAGAAUUGGAAAUAAGCAAUCCUGAUCAGAAGUAAAAGAUGGCAGAUACACCUGAAGAUUGAGAUGUUGAAAUAAAGCUUGUAGAGAAUAAAGAUUGAAUUGUAUCAGUCAUUUAAUCAUCCACAAUUUUCUAUGGGCAACACUAAGAAAAGCAUGCUUAGUUGUAUUGAAUUGAUUAUAGAUGCAAAAUACCCAAACAGCAGCUUUAUUCACGAUAAGAUAGUAUAGUUUAUAUCUGUGAUACUGAGAUUGAUAACAGAGAGCAUUUAUCUUAUGUCCAGAACUAAGUACUAACAAGUAUAAUUCAUAUGACUUAUAAGUAGUCAGAUUAAUGCUACAGUGGUACCAAAUUAACAGUGAGGAAUGCAUGUAGUUGAUGAAGGAAGAUAACACUGAUGGAAGCUUUAAUUGUUGCAAUAACAUUUCUGUCUGUAUUAAAAUAGAAGUGAAGGUUGAAUAUAGUUGUUAUUUUUUUUUCAAUAAAAUCUUAUCAAUUAA